AUGAGCGAAGGAAAUGCAACGCAGCCCACACGUCGCCACUACCCCCCGUCUCUCUCGUCUACAAGUGGCGCUCCACAAUUGCAAGAGCCUCCAAAGGGCGGUGAGGAUGGAUUGGUGGUUGAUAGUACGAACAGCAACAUUACCGCCAACGCACACUCACGUCAACGCAGUGCAUCGCCGGUACAGUCAUUGCCCUUCAAGACAUGUAAGCAUACCGAUAUAGCGAGUGCAUUCAGCACAGCCCCGUCUGCUCUUUCAGGGCACAGUGCACCCGCACGUGGAGAAGUCGAUGGCGGUGCUAUGAGCCGUCCAGGAAAUCACAGGAGUCCGAGCAGUAUGCGGCACGAGAGGUCUCUGAGUGGCUGGCCGCAAUCCCCUCGUGACGAUGCUGUGUCAGCAACUCCGUCUCGUGUACUGUCGCAGUCGCAGAUGGCCUCGUAUCACCAGAUGCUGCUAUCAUUUUUCUCCGGUGAGUCACUGGAGGAUACACCGCAGUCGACGUUCGGGGACUGCCCCGCCACUGGCGAACCGACGCUGCCCCGUAGUGAGUCACAGGUCCCCACGCUGUGGCGCCGAGUCAACAGAACUAGGGCUCCGCAUUCUGCUUCCAGCGCGCGCCGCCCGUUGGCACUGUCCCCGCAGAGGCACAGCAGGGACUUUGAUGUCUUGGAAAGUGGGGACGGCGGCGUCUCGGCCGAUUUCUCUCAGGCGUCCGGGUACCGCUUCUCGCCCUUGGAUACCUAUCUGCCGCCACCGCCGACGGAGUCGCAGCAGCGGCCGCAACCUCCCCGGCCUGCAAGCAUCGCUCCCGAGUACGCCGUUUUCCGACCUUUGGUGUGCUUUACCUCCAACGGUAUGGUCAGCCAUCACACGACACUGGGGAAGGACCAAAGUGUUGGCGCAGGUGAGUGUGUUGAGCUCAACGGCCGAAGACAGAGUGGGCAUCAAAAAGCCGCAGACGCGUCCAGGUCUGCCUCAUCCCACACCGGUUCCAUUGCAGAGUCCGCUAUCACGCCGGCGGUGCGCAGAUAUGCCGUCUCCGGCACUGAGAGAACAUCGCAGCCCCAGCUGGAAGCCCGCCUUCGCCUCCCUGUCGCCAAGGAAGGGGUGGCGCUGUUGAACCAUAUACACAAUGUGCCACCGCAGGGGGAGUUGUACCGGCUGCUCCGAGUGUACCGCCGCGAGCAGCUGCAUCAGUUUCCUCAAGCUCUGCGUGGUCCUCCACUUGCGGUGAGGCUAACGGAUGGCGCUGAGGCCAGUAAGAUCAUUGACGAAACUGAGUGUGCGAGUGACUGGGCGGACUACACCAACGGUGCCACGAGCGGGGCCGGCCGCGGCCGCCGCAUUGGCAGCACUUGGGGCACAGCAAACUCUGCGACGCACCGUUCUAAUGCGCGUCGGCGUGGCGGCCGCGGCGGUCUACAUCGCUAUCGCACCCCUCUUGCAACCACUGCCGCUGGGGAUGUGCCGACAGUAGAAGUUAAUGCAAGCCAUCCCCGCGAGCUGUACAGUCGCCUUGUGAGUGACCCUGUCGACUGUGCUGUGGAGGUCGUUCACCCUGGCGCGGCGACCGCAUCGGCAGCGUCGUUUAUGUCAUCCCUGAGUAUUCCUUGCACCCCCCAACAAGCUGGAGGCCGCGGUGGUGUCCAUGUGGAUUGGUCCUCGGGCACCGCCGUGCUUGGUGUCUCUCAAGGAGGUGGUCGCCUCAGCGGUGGCGGUCGCCCAGCCCGUGAGGUAAAUUCGAGUCGAAGCAGAAGCCCCGACAACCCCACGUACGGGGGCAGCUCCGUGCCUGUGCCUUCGCGCAGUUGCGCGGAGGUGGUGGCGAACGGCUUCUACAACGCUGAGGCUCGCGAGAGCAAAGCGCAACAGGACGAGUUGCAGCGCCGAAGAGCUGCCGCCGAAUACGGAGAGGCGUCAUACUACAGUCUAGAAGUGCUCACGGAUGGCCCCACACAGACGAAUGGCUUGUAA